UCCCGAUUCUCCACCCUUUUUCUUUCUCUCUCUGAAAUAAAAUAACAUUUUCUCUCUCUGGAAACUGAAGCAAAGUCAGCUGGAAGCCCUAAUACAAUGUGCCAUACGUGGCAUCCUUCCAUUGGUAAAGUCUACAUAGCAUGUGAUGACUGAUAUCUAUCUUAUAAACUGUAUUUGCUAUAUAUAUCGAAGUGGAUCGCCCAAAGUGUUGUGCACUUUUUUCUUUAUAAGAGAGAGAAAUUGGUUCUAGAAAUGUUCACUGAGUUGAUCCCUGGUUUACCCGAAGAGCUCGCACUCGAGUGUUUGACUCGGUUGCACUACACCGCUCACCGAGUGGCUGCCCGAGUUAGCCGUAGAUGGCGUGACCUUCUAGAGAGCAGAGACUUCUACUAUCACAGGAAGCAGACGGGUCACACCCACAAAGCGCCCUGCUUGGUCCAGUCGCGACCGGUUCAUUCCGAAUCGGGUGGCUCCAAACCGGUUGCGCAGCCGAGUUACGGAAUCGCCAUAUAUGACACGGUGACUGGGGUUUGGGACCGAGUUGACCCGAUUCCCAAGUACCCAGAUGGGCUUCCUUUGUUCUGUCAAGUGGCGAGUUCGGAGGGCAAGCUCGUGGUGAUGGGUGGGUGGGACCCGGUGAGUUGGGACCCGGUAAAGGACGUUUUCGUGUACGAAUUUACCACUCGGAGGUGGACUCAGCGCAAGGACAUGCCUUCGAACCGCUCGUUCUUCGCAAUCGGUACCGUAGAGGGGCGAGUAUUUGUCGCCGGUGGACACGACGAGAGCAAGAACGCGCUGAGUUCGUCCUGGGUUUACGACAUGGGGAGUGACGAGUGGACCGAGUUGAAUCGGAUGAGUGAGGAGAGAGACGAGUGUGAAGGAAUUGUUAUUGGGUCCGAGUUCUGGGUUGUGAGUGGGUACGAUACGGAGAGCCAAGGAAGGUUCAAGAGCAGCGCUGAGUGCUUCGAACUCGGAACGGGUCGGUGGAGGCGAGUCGAGGACGCAUGGAAUGCGAGUCAAGGUCCCAGGUCCUGUGUGGGUGUGGGCAAAAAUGGAAAUUUGAUCUGCUGGGCAGAGUCGGACUCGGCGGUCCGGGUUAGGGUUUGUGCGGUGGGUUUGGAUAAACGGACCCUAGUGACCGGGUCGGAGUACCAGGGUGCAGCACAAGGGUUCUAUCUUGCAGAGACGAAGGAAGGUCAAAAUGGUAAAUUUGUGAAGAUUGAUAACGUUCCUGAUGAGUUCUUGGGAUUCGUGCAAACAGGAUGCUGUGUUGAAAUCUGAUUAGUAAGAAGAUAUUUGUUUGAUAGCGGUUGAAAAAAAUGAGCUUUUUUGAGUGUGUGUUUUUUUGAUACGUCUAACACAAUAUAUAUAUAUAUAUAUAUAUAUAUAUAUAUAUAUAUGUAUAUGUACACACAUGUAUAAACACAUAUAUGAAGAAUGUAAUUUUGCAUUUCUUGUUUC